AUGUCGAGCAAGUUUACAACUAUUCUGCUGACGGUGCUUAUCGCACUAUUAGCUUGUGCACUGGCACAGGCUGCAAAACGCCAUAAACUUACCCGCCCAGCAUUCCAUCCCAAUGCACCCUAUUCGGCUGGCAAACGGAUCGUCGGUGGAUUUGUAAUCGAUAUCGCAGACGCUCCUUAUCAGGUUUCGCUACAGUACAACGGCAAACAUCACUGCGGGGGAUCGAUCCUGAAUAGCAAGUGGAUCCUCACAGCAGCACAUUGCAUCGAUCUCUACUCCGAAGUGAAACCUACCGUACGGGUUGGGUCGUCGGAGCAUGCUGCCGGUGGAACCGUGCUGCAUUUAGUGCGUAUUGUGCCCCAUCCCGGGCAUAGCUCAAGUGCCAACAACUACGAUAUCGCAUUGCUGGAGCUCGAGAGUGAAAUUACGUUCAACGACAACGUUCUACCCGUUGAACUUCCGGAACAGGAUGAACCAAUCGAUGAAGGAACGAUGGGAAUCGUCUCUGGUUGGGGGAUGACAAUGAGUGCAGCUGAUUCGAAUGCCAUCCUGCGAGCAACAAACGUACCGACAGUGAAUCAGCAGGAAUGUAAUCAGGCCUACCAGUCUUAUGGAGGCAUUACGGAACAGAUGUUUUGUGCAGGAUAUAAGCAGGGUGGUACAGGCACUUGUCGGAAUGACUCCGGUGGUCCUUUCGUCGCGGAAGGCAAGCUGAUUGGUGUAGUUUCGUGGAGUCAUGAAUGCGCGCUGGCGGGCUAUCCGGGGGUUUACGCACGUGUGGCAAGCGUACGAGACUGGAUUCGUGAGACCAGUGGAGUAUAA